AUGGGGGAGGUUAAUGUGAAUGUGGAUGUGUUGGCAGAUGGGUCUAUGAAAGAUGAGGUUGAGCGUGAGGGAGAAUUGCAGAAACAAGAAAGCCAGAAGAGAGGAUGGUUCAGUGGAUGGUUUUUUGGAGGCUCACAGAAGAGAACUGAGGAUGCUGCUAAGAAUGGAGACAAUAUAGUAAAAAAAUUAGAAGCUGAAAUGAGUGAUGAAGAGAAGAAGAAACUCUAUGAAGCCAUAGGUUACUCAGAGACUGGUCCUCCACCUGAGUUUCCCCCGGAGUUUGUGAAUCUGCGCUUGCAGUUCCUGUUAAAGCAGCUAGUAUUAACAAUCAUGGAUGAGGAUGCUGCUGGGGCUAUUGUUAUUCAGACAAAGCUUGACUGUGUUUCAUCAGUUGUCCUGAACAGAUCUGGAGCUGAUGCUUUGAGAGUUGAAGCAAGUGUACAAAGCUUUGUUGUUGAGGGUUAUGGAGUUGGUGAUCUUCCUCCAACCUUAGUGACAUCAGAGAAUGUCACCAGUGACAUCCCUCUGUUGGAUGUAAUGUUUGAGACCAAUCCAUUAGACGAGUUAUGUAACCAGCGUGUGAAAGUGUCGGCACAGCCAUUGCAGGUUGUGUAUGAUGCUACCACUAUUAAUCAACUUGCAGAUGUCUUCGACCCACCUAAAAAUGUGUCCCUUCAACAAUUGCAGGCAGCAGCAUUGAGCCAGUUAGAGGUGGUGAAGGAAAGAAGUGUGACUGGGCUGCAGUCUGCCAUAGACAACCACAGUAUUCUGGACCUUAAUGUUGCAUUUGCUGCUUCACACAUCAUUAUUCCAGAGGGCGGCUCCUAUUUCAAAGACUGCUCAGCUCUUGUUGUGACUUUGGGUAGCAUGCUGAUGAAGAGUAUUCCCCGAGCUAAGGACACCCCUGCUGUAGCUGACCUAGUGUCCCUUGGACACUCUCAGGAAGAGGUCAUGGAAGCAGUCAGGUCAUCUUCCUAUGACCACUUUACGAUUGAGCUUGUUGAUAUCCAGGUGGUGGUUUCUCUCAGCAAUGAGGAUUGGAGGUCAACCCUGUGUUGUCAUGAGGCCACUCCACUCCACCUCCUGCAGCCCACAAACCUGCGUGUUGACUUACAAAAGUGCCUUCUCAAUAAUGAGCCCAACCUAGCCAAAGUCAAGAUAACUGUGUUCCUACCUAAUGUGGUUCUCUCUGUUAUUGAUCAAAGGCUGUUACAACUGGCUUACAUUGCCCAUAGUAUUCCUUUGGUCCAGAAGGAGGUGGCAGCAGAAGAGACUGAACACUUACAAAGUGAUAUAGAUGUAAACAUGAAUGUGAUCACAGAGGAUGUGGCACUAGCUCAGCUAGAGCGUGCAGAACUUAACCUUAGUGGCGAACAACAGGAUACUCCUCAGUUCACCAAUCUGGCUCUCAUCUUCACUAUCAAUGAAAUAAGCCUAGAGUUGAAAAAGGCUUCUGAAAAUGUUCCUCAACCCCUUAUGAAAGUUGCUGCUCUCUCUGCUAGUGUGGAACUCACACAGCGAACAUUUGACCUAACAGUCUCUAUUAUCCUCGGUGGAAUUUUGGUUCAGCACAUGGAGGGUGGUGAGCGACGGCUGCUAAGUACACCUCUCAGUGAGGGUAGCACCCAGGCUCUUCUCACAAUGAAAUUCAUACAGGUAUUUAUAACUUACUGAUACUUUUGUUACUGU